UUAAGCUCCCCACUUCAUUACACCAUACCUUACACGCUCUUCCAUGGAUUCCUCCAAUUAUUUCUUACCCUUUAUAUACCCUUCAUUUCAUUCACCACAACACUUCAAACACAAGUCACAAAAUUCCAUUUGAAAAUUCAAAAAAUAUAAUCUUAGGUAAUAAUUUGUGAACAAUAUAUAAAUAAUAAUGGGUGUUUCUUCAAAUAAUGGGUUUUUAGUUAUGAUCAUGGUAAUGCUAGCAACUUUAGCAUUGAGUAGUAUUUGUGUUAAUGGUGGAAAUUUUGAUCAAGAUUUUGAGGUCACAUUUGGUGAUGGAAGGCUUAAAAGAUUUGGUAGAGGCCAACUUCUUACACUUUCUCUUGAUAAGGUUUCGGGUUCGGGGUUUAGGUCAAAGAGACAGUAUCUCUUUGGAAGGAUUGAUAUGCAACUUAAACUCGUUGCUGGUAACUCUGCUGGCACUGUAACCGCUUAUUAUUUAUCUUCAGAAGGGGCAACACAUGAUGAGAUCGACUUUGAGUUCUUGGGAAAUGUGAGUGGGCAACCUUACACACUUCAUACUAAUGUAUUUACUCAAGGCAAAGGUGGACGAGAGCAACAAUUCCAUCUAUGGUUUGAUCCAACCUUAAAAUUCCACACUUAUUCUGUUGCUUGGACCCCCAAGAUGAUUAUAUUCUUGGUAGAUAACAUGCCAAUAAGGGUAUUCAAGAACCAUGAAGCUAAAGGAGUUCCCUUCCCUAAGAACCAAGCCAUGAGGAUAUACUCAAGCCUAUGGAAUGCAGAUCAAUGGGCUACACAAGGCGGUCGUGUCAAGACAGAUUGGUCUAAGGCUCCGUUCACAGCGUACUACCGGAACUUCAACGCCAACCCAAACCACGCGGCUGCAACCGCGGCCUUCACCGAUGGCAAGUGGCAAAACCAAGAGUUGAAUGCAUGGAAUAGAAGGAGACUAAGAUGGGUUCAAAAAUACUUCAUGAUCUACAAUUAUUGCACUGAUUUUCAAAGGUUCCCUGGAGGUGUUCCAGUUGAAUGCAAGAUGUUCUGAAAUGUUCUUUAGUAUGGAAUGAAUAUAUUGUUGUUUAAUUUCUUGCAUUACUAGCUAAAUUAGCUUUUUGUAUCCGAUUUUGUACUCAAAAUGGGUUCUAAGUAAAUAAAUUAAUUUAUUUGUAUCA